AUGGAACUGGACACCCGAGGUGGACACCCCGACCCCGCACCCCCGACCCCGCACCCACGACCCCACACCUCCGACCCCACACCCCGGACCCGCACCCCCGACCCCGCACCCACGACCCCGCACCCCCGACCCGCACCCCGGACCCGCACCCCCGACCCCGCACCCACGACCCCACACCUCCGACCCCGCACCCCCGACCCGCACCCCGACCCCGCAUCCCCGACCCGCACCCCGGACCCCGCACCCCCGACCCGCACCCCGACCCCGCACCCCGACCCGCACCCCGCACGCCGACCCCGCACCCCCGACCCGCACCCCGGACCCCGCAGCCCGGACCCCGCACCCCGACCCCGCACCCCGACCCGCAGCCCGGACCCCGCACGCCGACCCCGCACCCCGACCCCGCCGCAGCCCCAGGUCAGGGUGGGAGCUGCCCGCCACCCCGAGGUCAGAGGCCGCCGCCCCCUGGCUGACAGCGCGGCCCAGCCCGGCCCCUCCUCCCGCGCCCCCGGCCGGGCCGGCGGCCGCUCUUACCGGGCGGCAGCGCAUGGCGGGGCCCGCUCGGCUCGGCCUCCUCCGCCACCCCGCGAGGCUGCCGGCCGGGGGCAGCGCCUGGGCCGCGGAGCGUCGGGUCCGGCUGCGCCUCCGCCGCCUUCUUCUCACGACCACAACAACAUGGCGGCAGCGGCCACACAGCGCGCGCGCCCGACGCAGAGCCGGGCCGCCGGCGGGGACGCGCGCGCACGCUCGGCGGAGGGGGCGGGGCCGCCCCGCGGUGGGCGUGGUCGAUAG